AUGCAAUCUAGUGGAGCGUCUUGGACUGCAGCUGGAUUGAGUUCUGGUCACUGCAGGUUGCUUGAUAUUAGGAGUGAAAAUCUGAUCAACUCAUGGCAAGCUCAUGAUGGAUAUGUCACAAAGGAAUUUGGCAUCACCUCUAAUUCUAUUCAUAAGGCCACAGUGAUGGUGUAUCUGGUUUUUCUGUAUGGGGACAAGAUGCUAUUUCAAUAUCCAGAACCAAGAUUGGACUUUCUUCCUUAUCUCAACAGUUGCGACAGGUUGAGACAUUUGGGCAUACUUCACGAUGCGGUUCCUCAUCAUGUUGAUAGAGGCGGGCAUCCUAUGCAUGUUAAGAUCUUGUUGAUGUGCAUAGUGUCAAGCAAAGUAGCUCGGGAUGUUGUGAAGGUGGGUAACAAGUUCUUGUAG